AUGAUGAACUGGGAUGCCUGUUUACAAAUGGCAGCCGCUUCCUGGAUAAGUACUUUGAUCCAUGCUCUGCUACACACCACUCUCACUUUCAGGUUAAAUUUCUGCAAAUUACACAUAAUUGAGCAAUUUUUCUGUGAUGUCCCUCAGCUACAAAAGAUUUCCUGUACUGAUACAAGAAUCAUUCAAAUUCUGAUUUUGGUUGUAGGGAUUAUUGUAGACUCAUUUUGUAGUGGGUUCAUUUUUGUUUCCUAUGGCUACAUCUUCUCUGCUGUGCUAAAAAUUCCUUCAGUUCAAGGCAGGUACAAAGCUUUUUCAACAUGUACUCCACACCUGAUGGUUUAUUCUUUAUUUUUGAGCUCUGGCAUGUUUGCAUAUAUGAGGCCCCAAAGUCUUUCCUCCCCCACUUUGGACUUGCUCUCUGCUCUUCUCUACACAGUUUUGCCACCAUUACUGAAUCCCCUCAUUUAUAGCUUUAGGAACAAGGACAUCCAAAAGGGUAUGUGGAGAAUGCUUAAAAAAAUAAAAGUAUACGUUUUAUCUAUGUAG